AGAAUUUUUGAAAAAUAAGGAAGUCUGCGGAUAGAAGAACAACCAAACAUCCACUUACUCAACACGACUUCAAGACCUUUGAUAACCAGAAAAUAUGAAUGCGGCAGGAGACGAAAUGGCUCAAUAUAUUCGGAUGCCAUUCAAAGCUUUGGAAAGAGAAUUGAAAAACAGUGAGACAUCACUGCAAAUUCUCCAAAAGACUCCAGCGUACUCAGAAUCUUCUCGUAAAAUCAUCGACACCGAGAUAACUCGCCUCAAGGAAAAAAUCGUGAAGCUUCGCGCUGCGAGAGAAGAAAGAGUCCGAUUACAUGUUCACUGAAUCUCUUAUGCAAUCAUAAUAUACAGGUUUAACAUAAAGUUUUUAUACUGUGCAA